AUGUUUUUGUCAAGAAUAAGUCGAUUUGGUACUGUUUUUUGUUUCAAUGCUCACCGUAUUAAAUCUUCACCAUUAUGCAUUGAUUCAGCGUUCAUUCGCCGCUUUCAAUUUUGUUUUAAAACCGUUUUAGCAUUUAUUAUUAGUGGAUUUAUUGCAUAUGGCACUCGAUUACGUUAUCAAUUAGAUCAACAAUAUAUCAUAUGUGUGAUUAGUGCUAUAUCAAUACAAGAAACAGUUGGAUUAACAUUAUCCUCAAAUAUUCAAACGAUAAUUUCCAUUGUUCCUCUUUCUAUUAUUCUUUUUAUUAUUCACAUCAUUGGUCUUUCCUAUGGGCAUUAUUUAGCGGCUGAACUUCUAUUACUAAUUUUAUCAUUUCUUAUUGCUUAUCAAUGUACACAAAUUCAAACACGAAAAAUAGCUUUGUUAUAUAAUGCAAUAUUUUUUUCAACGAUUGUUAAUGAGGAAAAACUUCCAAUACUAUUUGUUUUUUUAUUAUUGGCAGUAUUCCUUAUCGGAAUGAGUAUAUCAAUAUUUGUUUCUCUAUUGGUAUUUCCAUUAUUUGCCACCAUUGAUGUUGAAAAUCGUUUUAAUUAUUGCUUACGUUAUUUCCAACGUAUGUAUUAUCUUAUCAUUCAAGCUUUUUUAUCGCCAGAUCCAAUAGCUGCUAAAGUUUCACUUUCACGUGCAUCGAUUAUUGAAGAUAUAAUUCGUCAAACAUUAAUUAUUAUGCAGACAAGACUAGUGGAAGCAAGAUACGAGCCGUCGAGAUUAUUACAACGAAUAUUUUUUCGAAAACGAAAACAUAUGAUUGAUCUGAAUAUUCAAGGUUUGUCAAUUAAAUUUGAAUCAACUUUUUUCAUGAUGUUUUCUUUAGAACAAGUCAAUUUAUUAAGUUCAUUAAUGUUUCAUGUGUCAUCUCUUCAAUUAAUGGUCAAUAAAUGUCAAUUUAAUGAAUAUCAUCAUGCUUUAAGAUGCGAACUUCAAUCCAGUCUUAUUUACCUUAAUUCAUGUCAAUCAAGUCUUAUUUCAUCUUUGACAUCAACUCAAUCAGUAUCUAAAGAUAGAUUCAUUUAUCGUUUAACUAACCUUCACGUAUCUGUGGAUUUCGUUCAUUCAUCCUAUAAGAAAGUUUGUCUUAAUCAGAUGGAAAAUAUUCUUCAAUUAGACGAUCAUCUUUCACAUGCUUUCUUUCUUUUUCAAUUAUUCACUAUUGUGAAAUUAUUAAUCGAAUCAACAAGCGAUUAUUCCAAGAAAGAUAUUGUACAAGAAAAGAAAAUAUCUCGUUUGAAUUCAUGUUUUCAAUUUCAAUGGCCAAGAAUUUUACUAUCGAUUAAAAGUAUGAUUAUUAUUGGAGUUGGUUCCAUCUUUGUCAUGGUUCCAUAUUUAGCAAAGAUAUUUGAAAAUGGACAAUGGAUAUUAAUUGCUCUCUGUAUGACACAAGCGGAUACUGUUGGAGGAGCAUUUACAACAAUGAAAAUGAGACUGACGGGAACUCUUUUAGGUGCCAUGUGGUCCUACAUAACCUAUUUAUUAGUUCGUGAUAAUAUAUUUGAAACAUUUGUCAUAUUAGUUCCAUGGGUAUUUUUAUUUGGUUAUUUAAGAUUAUUUCCUAAAUGGGGUUACACAGCCGCCGUCGCUCUACUUACCCCGAUACUUAUCAAUUUAGGUCGAUUACCCUUUGGAGAUGCCUUACCAGCUGGAAAUUAUGCAUUACUUCGAAUUGAAGAAAAUUUUGUUGGAAUUACAAUUGCCAGUAUUAUAACAUUGACCAUAUUUCCUGUUUUUGCCAUUGAUUUAUUAAAAGAAAAUAUUCAAAAAAGUUUCGAAUCAUGUAAAGAUAGUAUUAAUUCCAUGCAUAAAGUAUAUGAUGAAUUAUUUCAUCAUCAACAUAUGGAAAACGAGAUUUCGAUUGAUUUCGAAAAUAAAAAUCAAAUCAAAUCAUUUCUUGAUGAACAACGAUCUCAUUUUCAUCAAUUAAUUAGUAGUCAACGAAUGUUAGUGACAACUGCAUCUAUGGAACCAACAUUCUGCUGGUUUAAAAAUCCUUUUUCUUCGUCUCAUUAUAAUUUAAUGGUUCAACAACAAAUGGAUAUAUUUAGAAUGUUACAUAAUAUUGAUGUGGCAUUAAUAAGUCUAAGUGAAUGUGCAAUAAAGAAUGAAAAAGAAUUGGAAGAAGUGAAAUUUCAUGCAGCAAACGUUCUUCUUCUUCCAAAUGUUCAUAAUGAAUUAUUCUAUCUCAGUAAACAAUUAAAUGAUUGUUUACAACUUUGGUCAACUUAUUUUAAUGUCACACAAACUUGUUGCCAUCAGUUAAUUCGUGGUUUAAUAACACAUCGUAGAAAAUUGAAUCAACAAGAUUUAUUCGAAUAUGAAAAAUACCUAAGUCAAUUACAUAAAACCAUUGAUCGAUUGAAAAAUGAACAUCAACAAGGACUCAAUCGUUUAUUUGAUCAUUAUUUUCAUCGAUACAAUCAAGGAGAACAACCCACUACAUUUGUUCCAUAUGCUCAAAAUGAGCAUACUGAUUCCAUUCUUGUUGCCCUAUCAGCAAUGUAUUAUUCAAUCACACAACUAGCUCAUGCAGCAUUAGCUUUAGGUACAACCGUUCGUGAAGUUUUUGAACUUGAAACUACGGAUUUAUAUCAAUCGUUUUAA